UCAUGGAGAACAGUACAGAAGCCCCACAGUACCAGCCUCAGCUGAUGCAGCUGGGGAUACCUGAUAUUGUUGUGGUCGUGGUCUAUUUUGUGUUUGUUCUUGCAGUUGGCAUAUGGUCAUCAGUCCGAGCCAGCCGGGGUACAGUUGGAGGGUAUUUUCUUGCUGGAAGAUCCAUGACAUGGGUGCCUAUCGGUGCGUCUCUUAUGUCCAGUAACGUGGGCAGCGGCUUGUUUGUCGGUAUGGCCGGUUCUGCAGCAGCAGGAGGAUUAGCUGUUGGAGGCUUUGAAUGGAAUGCCUCUUGGGUGUUGGUGGCUCUUGGUUGGAUCUUUGUACCAGUGUAUAUUGCAUCAGGAGUUGUCACCAUGCCAGAGUAUCUGAAGAAACGCUUUGGAGGACAAAGGAUCCGAAUAUACAUGUCGGUGCUGUCCCUUAUCCUCUACAUCUUCACCAAAAUAUCGACAGAUAUCUUCUCUGGGGCGCUGUUUAUCCAGAUGUCUCUAGGCUGGAACAUCUAUUUGUCAACAGUCUUACUGCUGGUGGUGACGGCCAUCUACACAGUGGCUGGUGGGUUGACAGCCGUGAUUUACACAGAUACUCUGCAGACUGUCAUCAUGGUAAUUGGAGCUUUUGUCCUUAUGUUUAUAUCUUUUAAUGAAAUCGGUUGGUAUCCAGGACUAGAGGAGAAGUACAUGACGGCAAUACCCAAAAUAAUUGUUCCUAACACUACAUGUCACUUGCCCCGUUCCGAUGCCUUCCACAUGUUGAGAGAUCCAAUCACUGGGGACCUUCCAUGGCCAGGACUUAUCUUUGGUCUAACAAUUUUGGCCACAUGGGUUUGGUGCACUGACCAGGUGAUUGUCCAGAGAUCUCUGGCAGCUAAAAACCUCUCCCAUGCUAAGGGCGGCUCUCUCAUUGGGGGCUAUUUGAAAAUACUGCCCAUGUUUUUCGUUGUAUUGCCUGGUAUGAUAAGCAGAGCUCUGUACCCAGAUGAGGUGGGCUGUGUAGAACCCACAGAGUGUCGAAAAUAUUGUGGAAUUGAUGUGAGCUGCAGCAACACAGCAUAUCCAAAGCUGGUUAUCACACUCAUGCCCAUUGGUUUGAAAGGCUUAAUGAUAGCUGUAAUUAUGGCGGCUCUUAUGAGUUCCCUCACAUCUAUCUUCAAUAGUGCCAGUACCAUCUUUACGCUUGAUGUGUGGCUGCGAAUACGCAGGAAUGCAACGGAGAAGGAGCUGAUGAUUGUGGGGAGAGUCUUCAUUGUUAUACUGGUUGUUAUCAGUAUCCUCUGGAUCCCCAUCAUACAAGCAGCCAAUAGCGGCCUGCUGUUUGAUUACAUGCAGUCAGUUACCAGCUACCUUUCCCCUCCGGUAACCGCCGUAUUUCUUCUGGCCAUAUUUGUCAAUCGAGUCAAUGAACAAGGGGCAUUUUGGGGUCUGGUCAUUGGACUGGUGGUUGGUUUGGUUCGUAUGAUUAUGGAUUUCGUUUAUCAGGCCCCAAACUGUGGAGAGGAAGACACACGACCAUCUAUACUAAAAGAUGUCCACUAUCUGUACUUUGCCCUGAUCCUCUUUGGGCUGACAACUGUCAUCUGCAUUGUGAUCAGCCUGUUUACUCCGCCCAUUCCUACAGAGAAUCUCAGGCGUAUGACGUGGUGGAACAGAAAUGAUUCCACUACUGAAAAUGACAAGACUGUAGAGAAGCUAUCAGAAGUUGAUGAAAUAUCUACAAUAGAGAAACAACCAGAGAGCAAAAUACCCGAUGCAGAAAGUGAACAUGACAUUCUUUCCUGUGAAAACAAUAUCGGUUAUGAAGAGCCUAAACAUUCAUGGUGGAAAAAGGUCUUUUUUUGGUUCUGUGGAAUUUCACUUCAACCGGAGGUAAAAUUAUCUGAGGAAGAGCAACAGACCUUGCAGAAGAAGCUGACCAGUAUUGAAGAAGUUCCUCUCUGGAGAAAUGUUUGUAACAUUAAUGCCAUUAUCCUACUUGCAUUUAAUGUGUUCCUCUGGGGAUACUUUGGAUAAAAUAAGUACGGAAAAACUAGGUUCAGUAAAUAAAUAUAUUUAUGUAUAAACAGGUUUUGAUACUCGGGUAAAAAUCUAAAAACAUUGUUAGGAUGUCUAUUUUAUUCAUGACCCCUGUUCAAGCCCUCAUUUAUGAGUAAUUACGAUUGUGCUUUCAACAUGGAUUCAAAGUUGCAACAAGAAUAUUACAUCAUCAUCAAUUUUCUUUGUAAAAAAAAAACCAAAAAAAAAAUAAUCAAAGUGCCAAAGCUGUAAAUUUCACAGGUUAUUAUGAAUGCUUAACUUUCAGACAAGUUCAACUAGUGGUUUGGUAUUAAAUCUUACAUUGAUAAUAA